GGUGGCCAGUGGGUGGCUCAGGUGACACAUAGCUAAAGAAAAUGAUAGGUAUAGAACACAACUGUAGAGAGGUUUCUCAUCCCCCAACUCCCCAACUGCUACUGCUGCUCCUCCAUACCAGGAGGUCAGACCCACUGCUGAUGGUCAUAAAGGAACUAGCUCUACUCCAGCCACCUCUGCGUCCUGUUCCAAGAAGAGAAAGUUAAAGAAGCAGCAACAAAGAAGCCUUUGAUCCCGAUCCCUUCUUCCCUCCCUGCCUCCUCCCAAGAACGCCUCUGUGCCCUCUUCUACAGCCUCCUGCCCAGAGACUUCUGCUGCGCCCUAGCCAUCACCACCUCCAGAAGAAGCUGGCUUUUGAGAACUCCUCAGAUUGUACAGGACUGGAUGUGAGGAUGGCUGACCAAUCGGCAUCUUCAUCACCUGAUUUUGCUGAACCUCAGGAGCAGCAGCAGCCACUUAAAAGCUUAUUCAUCUCCUCUGUGGCUGAAGAGCAUCAUAUAAAUGGGCUGACCAAAGCCCCUACUACCAUCCCUAGCUUCACCAACAGCAAAUCAAAUGCAGCCAAGAAACUGGUGAUCAAGAACUUUAAAGACAAAUAUAAAUUGCAGGAAAACUACAUAGAUGAAACAUGGUGGAAACUGAAAGAAGCCGUAGAAGCCAUUCAGAACAAUACUUCAAUUCAAUACAAUUUAGAAGAACUCUAUCAGGCUGUUGAAAACCUCUGUUCCUACAGCAUCUCUGCAAACUUGUACAGACAGCUGAGACAGAUAUGUGAGGAGCACAUCAGAUACCAAAUUCUCCAGUUCCAAGAAGAUUCGCUGGAUAGUGUUCUGUUUCUAAAGAAAAUAGAUAAAUGCUGGCAAAAUCACUGCAGACAAAUGGUCAUGAUUAGGAGCAUUUUUUUAUUCCUGGACAGAACAUAUAUUCUUCAGAAUUCAAUGCUGCCUUCUAUUUGGGACAUGGGUCUAGAAUUAUUUAGGACCCACAUAAUUAGUGAUCAGAAAGUCCAAAACAAGACUAUCGAAGGCAUUCUGCUUUUGAUUGCAAAGGAAAGGAAUGGUGAAGCAAUCGAUAGAAGUUUGCUUCGAAGUCUUCUGAGUAUGCUUUCAGAUUUGCAGAUUUAUCAAGAUUCCUUUGAACAAAAAUUUUUGGAAGAAACCAACCUGUUAUAUGCUGCAGAAGGCGAGUGUUUAAUGCAAGAAAAAGAGGUUCCUGAAUACUUUCAUCAUGUCAACAAACGUCUAGAAGAAGAAACAGACAGACUGAUCACCUAUCUAGAUAUGAGUACUCAGAAGCCACUAAUUGCUACUGUAGAAAAGCAACUUCUCGGUGAACACUUAACAGCCAUUCUUCAGAAGGGUUUAAAUCACCUUCUUGAUGAAAAUAGGACUCAAGAUUUGUCUCUCCUCUAUCAGCUGUUUAGUAGGGUACACAGUGGAGUUCAGGUCCUCUUGCAGCACUGGAUUGAAUACAUCAAAGCAUUUGGGAGCACCAUUGUCAAUAAUCCUGAAAAAGAUAAGACCAUGGUACAAGAAUUGCUGGAUUUUAAAGAUAAAGUUGACCAUAUUAUUGAUAUUUGCUUUAUGAAAAAUGAGAAGUUUGUCAAUGCAAUGAAAGAAGCAUUUGAAACCUUCAUUAACAAAAGACCAAACAAGCCAGCUGAACUCCUAGCAAAGUAUGUGGAUUCAAAGCUCCGAGCAGGUAACAGAGAAACCACCGAUGAAGAACUUGAGAAAAUGUUGGACAAGAUCAUGAUUAUAUUUCGGUUCAUUUACGGGAAAGAUGUCUUUGAAGCCUUUUACAAAAAGGACUUGGUCAAAAGACUGUUAGUUGGAAAGAGUGCAUCAGUGGAUGCUGAGAAAUCAAUGCUUUCCAAACUCAAGCAUGAAUGCGGGGCUGAGUUCACCAGAAACUUGGAAGGGAUGUUCAAAGACAUGGAGGUGUCAAAAGACAUCAUGGUUCAGUUCAAACAAUACACACAAAACCAAAAUUUUCCUGGGAGCAUUGAACUAACUGUGAACACCUUGACAAUGGGUUAUUGGCCAACCUAUGUGCCUAUGGAGGUUCACUUGCCAGCUGAGAUGGUAAGACUUCAGGAGGUUUUUGUGACUUUUUACUUGAGUAAACACAGUGGAAGGAAACUUCAGUGGCAAUCUAGUCUAGGACAUUGUGUACUGAAAGCAGAAUUUAAAGAGGAGAAAAAGGAACUCCAGGUCUCUCUUUUUCAAACACUGGUGCUACUAAUGUUUAAUGAAGGUGAAGAAUUCAGUUUAGAGGACAUCAGGCAAGCUACAGGAAUAGAGGAUGGAGAAUUAAGGAGAACCCUCCAGUCAUUAGCCUGUGGCAAAGCUAGAGUUCUGAUUAAAGAUUCGAAGGGCAAAGAUGUGGAAGAUGGUGAUAAAUUUACUUGCAAUGAUGACUUCAGACACAAGCUCUUCCGGAUAAAAAUUAACCAGAUCCAAAUGAAAGAAACGGUAGAGGAGCAAAUAAGCACUACAGAAAAAGUCUUUCAAGACCGACAGUAUCAAAUUGAUGCUGCCAUUGUGAGAAUCAUGAAGAUAAGAAAGGCCCUUGACCACAAUCUGCUUGUUUCAGAAGUGUAUAACCAGCUGAAGUUCCCAGUUAAACCUACUGAUCUCAAGAAGCGUAUAGAAUCUUUAAUCGACAUGGACUACAUAGAAAGAGAUAAAGAGAACCCCAACCGGUACAACUAUAUUGCCUAAAAUGGGCGCCUCUGAGUACUUGGUAUAUAAUACACAGUUGCUGAUGGAGAAACUAGCCUAUUGUUCCAACUAACUGACUUCUUUUUUACUACAGAUGACUGACUGAAUGAAAGCCAUUUCAUGGACAAAUAGAGUAAAAUGGACUUUUUCAGCAUUUGCUCUGCCCAUUUAAAGAGCACAGUUUACAUUUAAUAAGAAUGCUGUUGAACUCUUGGCAUGUUUAGUUGAUGGCAACAAAUGCUUAAUUUGAUCUUUCAUGUUUCACUUGACUUAAAGUCUUUGAAGGGUCCCUGUGGUUGACUGGAGGGGUGGGGGCAGCAGGGAGUGUGAAGAUUCCUUUAUGCACUAUGAUUAGGAGGCAACACUUGAGCCGUGUACAGAAGGCUUUACCCAAAUCCAUAUACUUAAACUACAUGCAAACGUGACAUACCAUAUAGAAUCCUUGAUGGAUUUACGGGGCAGAAACAUCACCCUGAGCUCUGGCUGCUUCCCUUUAUUUUGUGCUUUCUCUUACAAAGACCACGUGGUCAAGUGUAAUGUCCUUGGCUUUUUUUAUUUCACUGAAAGGACUUUUUAAAACAAAUCUUACCCAGAGAAAAUAUCUUUAAGCUUUGGGAGCAGCUGCUCCUAGGCAGUAAACAGGUGAAGCAAAAAUCCACUGUUUUGUGAAAAGAAGCUCUUGGGAAGCAGCAAGUGGCCUUUGCCCUUCACCCUCCCUGGGCUGGCCUUCCUAGCACACCGUGAAGGCCUCUUUUCUGGGCUAAGGUUUCGGAGGGCAUCCUAGAUCUCGCUCCUUUUGAAAACAAGCUUAUUUUUUCCCAUCCUUAUUCUAAUUUCUGAAAAGUCAUAGAACAGAAAAUCUUCAGGAUCUGAGGAUUUUCAAGGAAGGGCCAUGCUGAUCCUGUUCUGCCUCUCAAAAUCAGUUGCAAAGUUGACACACAGUCUCAAGACAGAUGCAAGAGAAAGUCCCAGGCUGGGAUGACAGACUGACCACGAUAAAAAACAGGAAGAUGAUUGAGCUUUCCAAAUUGGGAGGAGUCUAUAGCCUUAAAGUACUGCUUUUCUCCCCCAAGCAUACAUUACUUCAGUGAAAUUUAUGCUAUAGUCCAGAAUGCAUCAAGUCCAUGCUUUCGUGUGAGCGGAAAAUAAAUGGUCUUUAAAAAACUCAAA